CAUCUUACCUAUCCUCCUACAGCGCCUCGGAAGAUAUUGAUGUGCUCGAAGUCUUGCCCGAAAUGCGGGAAAAAAAUGUUGAAUCUCAACCGACACCUGAUAACCCAUUUCAGCUAUUCAGAUCGACCGUUUCGCUGCAAAAUGCCGGAUUGUGGGUUUGCGGCAACACAAUCGGGUGGACUGAAAAUACAUAUGAACACGAUGCAUACCGGGGAGAAGCCUUAUCGAUGCCCUGAGCCUACUUGCAAAUUCGCUACCGGAGAUACGUCGAAGCUCUGCAAUCAUCGUAAAAAGGAGCACCGCUACGUUCCAGGUAAAGAAAAUAAGCCAAAGAAGAGAGUCACGAAGGUCGAAGAGAUGUCCGACGAGAACACGUUCAGAGAAGCACCCUUUGUUGCGACCGGCCAUGAGGUCAACUCCACGCGGAGCCCUGGUCGCGAUCUCGUCAAUAAAGGCCAAGAGGAACUACCGAUCGCGGCGCUUCCGUUCCCAUUCCCCGACUUCGUCUCCCCUAUCGUUCGGCCUGUGAUGUAUGAACAGGCUGAGGGGCGCGCUCUGCAUCCCAUGACCGUGGACUACCAAUUUCCGGCGUCCUGGAGUCGUCCAACGCAGGCGCCCAUCAUGCCGGCAUAUGAUGAUCGAUCGAUCGAAGGCCCAGGGUAUUAUGUCCCGUGUCACAACUACGGGCCACUGGCUGCUUACCCCUGCGAUGCGGUGUAUUCGAGUUCCCAGUUCCCACAGUCGGUUGUGCCUAGGGUGUUUGCGGGAGGGAAUUGCGGGACUGCGAAUCAAGGCCUCGGAGGCUGGUCGGCUCCCCAAGCUGCGGCGGGCUAUUUGGAUCAUGGGUACGCAGAUAGUGGUGCGGGCGUCAGCUGUGAUACACAGCGGUCUCAAGUUCCUCCUCUAACAUACGGCGUCGAUACGUCGUUUGAAUCGCCGUUUCACAAGAUGCUUGCAGCAAUGAACACUUUGAACAUGAUUUCUUAUUAGGUAUCUCACUGUAUCAACUACAGCUUCUACAUAUCACUGCAUUUUUCUCUGUCGCCGUCGUUUGUAUCGCUUUCCUUGUACAGCUAUCGUUGCUA